GGCAAAGGCAAACUCGUUGACGUUUUAGCUAAGCAUUUUGACGUCGUUGCUCGUUGUCAGGGCGGUGCUAAUGCUGGGCACACCAUUUAUAAUUCAGAGGGAAAGAAGUUCGCACUCCACUUGGUACCUUCAGGGAUUCUUAAUGAGGAAACAGUUUGUGUUAUUGGCAAUGGAGUUGUGGUGCAUCUUCCUAAGCUUUUUGAGGAAAUCGAUGGCCUUGAAUCCAAUGGAGUGUCAUGUCAAAGAAGGAUACUGGUGUCUGAUCGAGCUCAUCUUUUAUUUGAUUUUCAUCAACAAGUUGAUAAGCUUCGUGAAGUUGAACUAGCUAAAUCUUUUAUUGGCACCACAUGGAGAGGAAUUGGGCCUUGUUAUUCAAGUAAGGUGAUCAGAAAUGGGAUCAGAGUGUGUGAUUUGAGGCACAUGGACACUUUUCCCCAAAAGCUUGAUCUAUUACUAUCAGAUGCAGCAUCAAGGUUUCCCGGUUUUGACUAUAGUCCCGACAUGCUCAAGAAGGAAGUGGAGGAGUACAAAAGAUUCGCUGAGAGGUUGGAGCCCUUCAUAACUGAUACCGUUCAUUUCAUGGGUGAAACUAUAUCUCAGAACAAGAAGGUUUUGGUGGAAGGUGGUCAGGCUACUAUGUUGGACAUAGAUUUUGGAACAUAUCCCUUUGUGACUUCUUCAAGUCCAUCUGCUGGUGGAAUCUGCACAGGUUUAGGCAUUGCUCCUCGACAUGUUGGUGAUCUUAUAGGAGUGGUUAAAGCGUACACCACAAGGGUUGGUUCAGGUCCCUUCCCAACAGAAACCUUUGGCAACAGCGGUGACAUGCUUCGGUUUGUUGGGCAGGAAUUUGGAACAACAACUGGCCGCCCUCGUCGCUGUGGCUGGCUUGACAUAGUUGCAUUGAAAUACUGCUGCCAGAUCAACGGCUUUUCGUCUCUGAACCUUACAAAACUUGACGUCUUGUCGGAUUUAUCGGAAAUUCAGAUUGGUGUUUCUUACAAACUUCCUGAUGGUACACCAAUAACAUCAUUCCCUUCAGAUCUUAGAAUCCUUGACCAAGUUACGGUGGAGUAUGAAGUUUUACCCGGCUGGAAGUGUGAUAUAUCUUCUAUCCGGAAGUAUUCUGAUCUUCCCUCAGCUGCACACCAAUACAUUAAAAGGAUAGAAGAGCUUGUGGGUGUACCCAUCCAUUACAUUGGUGUUGGACCUGGACGAGAUGCCCUCAUAUACAAGUGAUUGAGAGUUCAAUCUUUUUUGUCACUGAAGUAACGUCUAUUUUUAUGGAGAGGAGUAGAGGACAUCGCUUCCUUUAAGUCGAUGAAGUGCCAAACACUUUUAAUGACACCACGGUAGUGUAAUGCACUUACAGAGAGAUCUACUCAUCAAUUAGGAUCUUAACAUCUUCCUUUUGUUGUUGUUAGUUGUGGUUUUACAAGCUAAAAGUAAUUAGAUGGUGUUACCAUUUGAAAACCUCAUGUGUUGCCCUCCUUCAAUAAUGAAACUUAGUUGAUUUCCUUGACAUUCGGAUCCGAAUAAGAAAAUAUACUCUUCACUUAAAUUUUUUUAUAAAUUCUGAAUGUUUUAAGAUUCAGUCUUGUGUGA